CGCAACACACGUGCCGGGGAUACACAAUGGAGUCCGACGUGAACACACGACACUAGCCCGAAUCCUUGAAGCUAGGACGGUUCUAGAAGCGCCAGGCCCAGGUACUUGCAUGAUGAAGUGACCGCCGAGCGGCGAGAUAGCGAAGGAACAGCACACAGACGACUCUACCAGCUGGUGAACGAGAGCAAAGUAGCCGCUGAGCUCACCUGCUUUGCGGCUCCAGUGCUGCUGCUUUCCCUCAGUGACUGACUGUCCUCUGCAUUUUUUGAAUGCCUUUGUCUGAAAGAGCCGUGAAAUAGAAACCGUCCGGUAACCUACUGAGAAAAUGUCGGAGGUCAGCCUUGCGAAGCGCAAGGAAAAGUGUGAGAACUGCACCAAACAGUGCAACAAGAAGCAGAACGACGAUGGUGCUGACUCGCAGCAGGAUAAAGAGGAAGUCAAUGGACAGAUUAAUGAGGGAUCUCAGCUGUUGCUGAGUGCUUGUCUCUCCUGCGACGGCUGUCUCUCAGAGGAGGAGAGCCUGAAGAUUUCUCAACAGAGUGUGGAGGAAGUGGAGCGAGUUCUGGCACUCAAUAAGAAAUGUGACGCGUCGAAGCACAAGGUGCUGGUUGCAUCGGUUUGUCCACAGUCCCUGCCUUUCUUUGCUGUAAAGUUUGGUCUGGACAUCAGUGAAGCCGCACAGAAACUCUGUGCCUUCCUUAAGACACUGGGAGUACAGUACGUGUUCGACACUACCCUGGCGGCAGGCUUCAGCAUCUUAGAGAGCCAGAAGGAGUUUAUUCAGAGGUAUCGCAGGAGGAACCAUGACUCCCAUGCUCUGCCUAUGUUCACCUCCUCCUGCCCAGGGUGGAUUCGUUAUUCAGAGCGCAUCUUGGGCAGUCUGGUCACUCCUCAUAUCUGCACCGCCAGGUCUGCCCAGCAGAUCAUGGGCUGCCUGGUCAAGGACUACUUCUCUAAACAGCAGAAGCUGAGUCCAGACAAAGUUUACCAUGUGGUGGUGGCUCCCUGCUUUGAUAAGAAGCUGGAGGCAGUCAGAGAGGAGUUCACCAACAGCCUGCUGGAGACCAGAGAUGUGGACUGUGUCCUCACAUCAGGGGAGAUCUACUACCUGAUGGAGCAGAGGAAGGUUUCAGUGGAGGAGCUGGACUCUGUUCCACUGGACCAAGUGCUGGGAGAGGCUGGGGACACGACGCUGGUGAGGCACGAAGGUCGAGGUUCAGAGGGUUUCCUGGAACACGUGUUCAAACAUGCUGCUAAGGAGAUCUUUGGUGUGGACGUUCAUGAGAUCACAUACAAGACCCUCAGAAACCGAGACUUCCAGGAGGUGACACUUGAGCGGGACGGGGAGACUCUGCUGCACUUUGCUGCCGUCUACGGUUUCAGGAACAUCCAGACCCUGGUUCACCGCAUGAGGAAGGGACGUGUGCCUUACCAGUUGGUGGAGGUGUUGUCCUGCCCAGGAGGGUGUUUAAGCGGCCGCGGUCAAGCGCAGAGCGAGGUGGGAGGACGGCUGGACAAAGCCCUUGUCCAGCAGAUGGAGGACGCCUACACCAGCCUGCCGGUCCGUCUCCCCGAGGUCAACCCCAACCUGCACACCCUCUAUCAAGACUGGCUGCAGGGCCAGGACUCAUCACAGGCCAACACGCUGCUGCACACUCGCAUCCGAAGCCAGGGUCACAUCCACACACAGCCUCCACACAUGCAGUGGUGACAGGAAAGUAGAUUGUUCAAGAUGACGGAAAAAAAGGGGGACAUUUCUGCUCGAAAGCAUCCAAAGCCGAGGACUCUGUUGCGCCGCAAGUCUGUAAAGGUGUAAUUCUUCCAUUUAACCACAGGGUGGUGAUGUAUGCAUUUACAAAACUGUGGAUUGGCUGAACCAAAACUGAGGUUUCAAAAAAAUGAAGAAGUCUGUAGAAAGUGUGAACUAUUGACGGCAGCUUACAGCGCAAUAAGCCCCCGCACAAAACAAAGAAUACAACAAAAGGAGCUCAUGAAAUGAACAUGUGGAUACUGAAUGUACAUUUAAAGAGUGGUUUGUGUUUAAAAGCCAAUCCGUCCCAGUAUGAAAUUAAUGUUUGUUUUCUUUUAUGUCACCACUGUUCCUGUCUAAAAGACGAGGCAGUAGCUAUGCAACAGUGUGAGCGUUGUCUCUCAUCAGUCACAAAAGUAAGUGUUGCUCUGAUAAGAAAGAAUUUAGUUGCCCAGUGUUUGGUUUAUACGUCCUCCGUAAAGAGAUGAUCAUUAUAAUUUUUUAUUAUUAUUUUAAAUGGUACAAGCUAUUUUAUUUGUUCCCAUUCCACCAACUAGUUUUUUUUGUUUUUUAUUAAACGUUGUCGGUUUUUGUUUUUCAAUGAAACAUACAUGUCAUACAUGUUAACCACUAAAAUUAUUCUGACAAACAACACAAAGUGUGAUGCAGUUUGUUAUUCUGGGAAAUAUUCAACCUUUUUCGGGGAAACGAUUAUCGCAAGUCACGGUGUAAAGUUAAAUGCAGAGUUUCUUAUUGAUGAGAAUGAUUGGUCAUGUUUUUGUUGCCCUCAGAAUCCAUCUCUGAGUUUUAAAUGUUUGACGUGUGAAGUAUAAGGAGUUAAUGAUUUGCUUUGGAGGGGAUUUUGCCUUAAGCGUUUAGCCACCAUCGCAAAGACAAAAGUAUGUUCUGCAGGCUGAGCUACAGACCAUCAACGUUACUUUCAUCCCUGAGUCCCUGAUUAAAUGUCAGAUUGUCAUUGACGGAGAAAAACAAACCGAACUUGUGUCCUAAGUUAUAGUCUAAAAGGAGAUGUUAUAAAAGUGCAUGUGAAACUGCGUUUUUAUCUUAAGUAUUUACACCAAGUUGACACUUUAUUCAGUAAACGAACUACAUUUGCAAAAACAUGCGUCGCCUCAAUGCAGCCCUUUAACAAAGGCCGUCUUGGUGAUUACAUAUAAUACAUACCUAAAUGUGGUGGCCACAACAAUAGAAACGCCUGAAAACUGUCUUGUGUCCUUUUAUUUUCUGUUUCUUUCUUACUACCUGUAAUGAGGUGUUGCGUCAAAGUAGGCGUGUGUGUGUGUGUGUGAGAGAGAGUAUAAUGAAAUCUGGCUCAGCAAUGCUGGCAUUUUCUGAGGGAUUUGCUCCUUGAUGCAUCAGAAAGAAGUUCUCAAUGAGAUUAACUGCAGGACAAAUAACUGAACCAGAAUGUGGUUCCUGGCACGCGCUGGUUUAAAGGUCCUAAACACAGUGGAGCUUCAGCGAUGUACUUCCUGUGGAUGUGUUUGGCCCUGCUCUGCGCUGCCGCCCGCUGCCCACAUAGCAGUGCAUCUUCAGAUAAAAAUUUGCGGCUGGAGUGCAACAAAACAGUGGAAGUAGUAAGCGGAACGUCUGCGACGCUGAGCUGUACUGUACUGUACGACCAAAAAUAUCAAGACUGUGAAGUUCUUGGUGCACAUCUCACCUGGAUGAGCACAAGCAGCAACAUAGAAUGUCACUUUCAGCGCGUUGCCAAUGAACAGGAUCAUCAGACCCAUGUGUUGUUGACUAUCCCCGCUGUCACAAAAGACGAUAAUUGUACCAUCAUAGUAUGGACAAACUGUGGCUUCACGGAGUCAUCAUCUGUCAAAGUGUAUCAAGACACACAGUCAUUCCGGAGUACAGUGCACACUGGCAGACAAAUCUCAUUGUCCAUGGACACUAAUUCUUCUAGACAGACUAAAGACCAGCCAACACGGGUUUACAUCUCGCUGGGUGUCGUUUUCAUCCUCGUUGUUGGUGGUGCCGUUUUGUUCUUCUGGAACAAAAAAUACAGAAAAUCUUCCAUCAAAGGCCAAGAAUUUGCCUACUAAUGUAAUGUCUGACUAAUUCUGAAAUGUCACUGUAAAGGUUUUUCUGUUGUAUGUAAUGUAUAUGUUUUCAGUAAUUUUGCACAGAUUCUUCUUCUUUAAGUAAAACGUCUUUACUUUGAUUUCAGGAAUGCUGUUUGCAGUGUUUAAAUCUAGACCGUAAACAUUUUCCAACCAUUUUUAACAAGCUGAGCUCCUUUCCUAAACCUUUAAAACUCACACUUUUAUAUACAUUAAAGUAAUUUUUUUUAAACAUC